AAUAUUUCCAGGGAAUUGUUUUUGAUUUCGCUGAUAAAAUUUUCCUGAUUUGUUGGCAUUUUUUGGGCAUUUUCCGGCUGGUUUUUCCCGAUUUUUCCUGCAAAAAGAAUCGCUAGGAAGGAAAGGGAAAUGGUCAGAGUUUUAUUCCUGCAUCCAGAUUUGGGGAUUGGUGGAGCUGAGCGGCUUGUCGUGGAUGCCGCGCUGGCAUUGAAGAAUCAGGGGCAUGUCGUCAGCUUCCUGACCAAUCAUCACGAUGACACUCACUGCUUCGAGGAGACGCGAAAUGGCACAAUCUCCGUACAGACUGUUGGUGAUUGGCUGCCCAGGAGUAUCUUCGGGAAGUUCAGCGCCUUCUGUGCCUACCUCCGGAUGAUCUAUGCGGCAUUCUAUACGGUUCUUGUUGUUUCCCAAAAUGAGCAAAUUGACGCAAUCUUCUGUGACCAAAUCUCCCUCGGAAUUCCCAUCUUGCGCUUUGCUAAGCACAGCCCCCGCAUCCUCUUCUACUGCCACUUUCCGGAUCAGCUUCAGACGCGCCCUGGGGGGCUACUGAAGCGAAUCUAUCGAGCACCACUGAACUUCCUCGAGGAACGAACCACCGGGCAGGCGGAUCGAGUGCUGGUGAAUAGUAAAUUCACAAAAAGAGUCUUCAAGAGCACCUUCCGGAGUCUCACCCUCGAUCCGGAUGUUCUCUACCCAUCCCUCAAUACGGAAUUCUUCAAUCAACCCCCAGCAGAGGAUGAGGUAUCAGCGCAAAUUCCCAGCAAAGCUUUCAUCUUCCUCUCCAUCAAUCGCUUCGAGAGGAAGAAGAAUCUCUCCCUGGCCAUUGAUACCUUCCGGCAUAUCGCUGCAUCCGUCUCAGCGGCGGAAUUCGACCGGAUGCACCUGAUCCUCGCCGGUGGGUACGACACACGCGUUGUGGAGAAUGUUGAGCAUUUCCAGGAGCUUCAGGGAUUGGCCAAACGCUACCAGUUGCAACACAAAAUCACCUUCCUGCGUUCCCCGAAGGACUCAACGAAGCUCUGGCUUCUCAACACUGCUCACGUGCUGCUCUACACCCCUGAGAAUGAGCAUUUUGGCAUCGUUCCCCUCGAGGGGAUGUACAUGACAAAGCCAGUGAUUGCUGUGAACAGCGGAGGCCCCACUGAGUCAAUUGUGGACGAGAAUACGGGCUUCCUGUGCCAACCAACCCCUGAGGGCUUCAUGAAGCCCAUGCUGAAACUCUUCCGGGACCCAAAACUCAUUGAAACAAUGGGCCAAAUGGGCAGGAAACGUGUUGAACAGAGAUUCUCCUUCGAAGCAUUCACAGCUGCUCUCAAUCAGAUCAUUGAGGAACUUCUCCAAGGAUCCAAAUAGCCCCUGAGGACCGUUGUGGUUUGCAAGAACUAAAGGAAGAAGGAAGAAAAAACGCCAAAACUACCAGAAAUCACCUUUUUUUUUAUUUCAAAUGAAUUGAAUUCUUUCACAUAUCCUGACCAAUUUCAGGAGGAUCUCUAGUUGAAUUGCAAAAAAAAUGUCUCUAGUCCAUUGAAGGACCUUAAAUUAGGAUUUAGUACGAAUAAAGUUCAUUUUCAAAGCUUC